CUUCAAGGAUGACCUCUAGGAAGAAAGUGUUGCUGAAGGUCAUCAUCCUGGGAGACUCUGGUGUUGGAAAGACAUCUCUCAUGAACCAGUAUGUGAAUAAGAAGUUCAGUAACCAGUACAAAGCCACAAUAGGAGCGGACUUUCUGACCAAGGAGGUGAUGGUGGAUGACAGACUUGUUACCAUGCAGAUCUGGGACACAGCCGGUCAAGAACGGUUCCAGUCUCUUGGUGUGGCCUUCUACAGAGGUGCAGAUUGCUGUGUUCUGGUGUUUGAUGUGACUGCCCCCAACACUUUCAAAACCCUCGACAGCUGGAGAGACGAGUUUCUCAUCCAGGCCAGCCCCCGGGAUCCCGAGAACUUCCCUUUUGUUGUGUUGGGAAACAAGAUUGACCUGGAAAACAGACAAGUGGCCACAAAGAGGGCACAGGCUUGGUGCUACAGCAAAAACAACAUUCCUUACUUCGAGACCAGUGCCAAGGAGGCCAUCAAUGUGGAGCAGGCCUUCCAGACGAUUGCUCGGAACGCUCUUAAACAGGUGGGUCUCAGGGCCCUCAAGCUGCAAGGCGCCCUCUGGUGAGGUCUCGAGUUCUCU